CUCUUGCUGCCCGGUAAUUGUGGAGAGGGAAUAACGAGGAAGUGUCAGCAAACUUGAAGGGGAAAAAUCAUCAACGGUUAAAUAUAUUUCUAAUCAACCGUGAUAUCGUGCGACGAAUGUUAGCGGACGAAGUAUGGCUGUCAAUUUUGGAAAAGUCCAAAUCGGGAUUUACGUCGAAAUCAAACGGAGCGACGGACGGAUACAUCAGGCUAUGGUGACAUCAUUAAAUGAGGAUAAUGAAAGUGCUACAGUAGAAUGGAUUGAAAAUGGAGAUACAAAAGGAAAGGAGAUUGACCUUGAAAGCGUUUUUGCACUUAACCCAGACCUUGCACCUGAUGAAGAAAUUGAGCCAAGUCCGGAAACACCUCCCCCUCCAACACCUUCCAUCAAAACUAACAAGAUAGUAAAGAAUCGCCGAACAAUGGCUGCUAAGAAUGAAACUCCUGCCAAAGAUAACAGAGUUGCAUCAACCCGAUCAAGACCAAGUCAGCUUCCAGAACACUCUUCAGCUACACAUCAGAAUGGCAGUGCUUCAGAUAUCUCACCAGCUCAGCCUGGCAAAAAGGAUUUUGCACCACCAUCACGCAGAAAAUCAAAUUGUGUGAAAGAAGUCGAAAAACUCCAGGAAAAACGUGAGAAACGGCGAAUACAGCAGCAAGAGAUGAGGGAAAAACGAGCUCAGGAUGUUGAUUCUACAAAUCCAAACUGGGAAAUUAUGUGUAUGAUCAGAGAAUUUAGAUCAAGCCUCGACUAUCGACCUCUUACAGCUGCUGACCCAAUCGAUGAACAAAGAAUAUGUGUUUGUGUAAGAAAACGACCACUAAACAAGAAAGAAAAUGCAAUAAGGGAUCUUGAUGUAAUCACAAUUCCCAGCAAGGAUGUUGUAAUGGUUCAUGAACCAAAACAAAAAGUGGAUUUAACAAAGUACUUAGAAAACCAAACUUUUCGUUUUGACUAUGCUUUUGAUGAAACUGCUACUAAUGAAAUGGUUUACAGAUUUACAGCUAGACCACUGGUGGAGACUAUAUUUGAUAGAGGAAUGGCAACUUGCUUUGCAUAUGGUCAGACUGGAAGUGGAAAAACACACACUAUGGGUGGUGACUUCACAGGAAAAAAUCAAGAUUGUUCUAAAGGAAUAUAUGCCCUUGCGGCUCGGGAUGUUUUUCUCAUGCUGAAGAAGCCAAAUUACAGAAAAAUAGAACUCCAAGUAUUUGCAACAUUUUUUGAAAUUUACAGUGGUAAGGUAUUUGACUUGCUUAACAGAAAAGCUAAGCUAAGGGUGCUGGAGGAUGGAAAGCAACAAGUUCAAGUGGUUGGGCUUUCUGAGCGUGAUGUUAAAUGUACAGAAGAUGUUUUGAAACUAAUUGAAGCUGGCAAUAGUUGCAGAACAUCUGGUCAGACAUCUGCAAAUGCUCACUCUUCAAGAAGUCAUGCAGUGUUCCAGAUUAUUCUUCGUAGAAAAGGGAAAAUGCAUGGAAAAUUUUCAUUAAUUGAUCUGGCAGGAAAUGAGAGAGGGGCAGACACCUCUAGUGCAGAUCGUCAGACACGACUUGAAGGUGCUGAGAUUAACAAGAGCCUUUUAGCACUCAAGGAAUGUAUCCGAGCCUUGGGUCGAAACAAACCUCAUACCCCAUUCAGAGCAAGUAAACUUACCCAAGUGCUAAGAGAUUCUUUUAUUGGAGAAAAUUCCAGAACUUGCAUGAUCGCCACUAUCUCUCCAGGAAUGGGUUCAUGUGAGAACACACUAAACACACUUAGAUAUGCAAACAGAGUAAAGGAGUUUGGAAUAAGUCCCUCGGAUAUUCCCUUUCAGCAAGGUGGUGGGAGCCGUUCUGACCUCUCUCCUACCUACCUCGAAUAUGAUGACUUCCCUCCUUCACCUACCAGAGUGAAAGAGUUAAUUGUGGAUCAAAAUGGUCCAGGAGAAGGACGGGCUAAUAUACUUGUACCAAAUCAGCUCGAUGCUUUAGAGGCUCAGUGGGGACUUGGUAGCUCUCCCCAACGAGAUGACCUGAAACUCCUCUGUGAACAAAAUGAGGAGGAGGUUUCACCUCAGCUAUUCACUUUCCAUGAAGCAGUUUCUCAAAUGGUGGAAAUGGAAGAACAGGUUGUAGAAGAGCACAGAGCGAUAUUCCAGGAAUCUAUUCGGUGGCUAGAGGAUGAAAAAGCACUUUUGGAAAUGACUGAAGAAGUGGAUUAUGAUGUGGAUGCGUACUCCACACAGCUAGAGGCUAUUUUAGAUCAGAAGGUUGAGAUUCUAACUGAACUGAGAGAUAAAGUAAAAGCCUUCCGUACAGCUCUUCAAGAGGAAGAACAGGCUAGUAAGCAGAUCAAUCCCAAACGGCCACGAGCUAUUUAAAUGACAGACACAUGCUAAGGAUUAACUGAUUCACUAAAUCCUUAUUACUGAAACUUCCUUACUAAUGUCAUGCUGUGGUCAUCAGAAUCCAAUCACUGGAAUGAUGAGAACUUUUGGAACUACAUCAAUUGAAACUUUCUAUUAUUUGACUUGAAUAAGUUUUCUUCUGAACUCACUCCCAUGGUAUUACUAUUAAACAAAUGCUUCUAAUCCAACAGCACAAAUUCACAGGGUUAGGACUUUAUUAAGUACUUCAUUGGAAAGUUUUGGGCUUUGCCGAAAAGCUUUGGAAAGAAAAUUCUUGCCAACUUUUUUUUUUAAAUAACUCAAAAUAACUAUGGAGAUUACGCUUUUAGAUACUGUAUUUUUUAUUUUAUAUUUUAAUUGAUGUGGUUACAUUUUGUUAUCAUAGCUGGCUGUUUAGUUUUGAAGUGUGUUUGUAUGCAUGCACAACCCACUUGUGGUGUGAAGUAACUCUCAUACACCAGACUGAUUGAUUGAUCAACUUGUUUUCUCUAUGCCUUCCACAAGGCUGAUUUUCCCCAAACCAACAGGUGUCUCAAUAUUAGGGACUGAUGUUACUUAAUAAAAAUGCAUUCCUUGUUUUCUGUGUGAAUUAAUUUAUUGUGCCAUGUAUUUUUCUGUUUUAGUUGUGUGUUUGAGCCAUCCUUGUCUAAUUUGUUCUAUUAUCUUUAAAAAUAAGUGCCAUAUUAUCAAUGUAUUUAAAAUGUCAGUUAGUCUUGAAAUGUCCUGAAAUGGUACACAAAUGGAGCUUGACAUUCCACUUACAUAAUUUAUCAAUUAAGUCAAGGUAUAUGCUGAUUUUUUUUAAAAAUGAAGUGCUUCCUAGCAUCUCAGUUUAACAGCUAUACAGAGUAUUGAAAAUAAAGUUAAAUUUACUUUUGGGAGAGGUUGCAUUUCAAGCAAUGUCAGGACAUGCACUAAGUAAAUCUUAAAACUGGGACUCAGUUACAGAGUUUCCUCCUAUUUCAAGAUUUUGAACAUCUACUUUUAGUAAAAGGAUUAAUUACAAUGAAGACUUUAAUGAUGGUUACUAAUGUAUUAAAACACCUGUUUUAGUGCACUGGUAACUCAGCUUACAAAUGAGUGUGGAAUAGUUUACAGUGCUGGUGCUUCAUGCUGUUCAGCUGAGCAGUGGAGACAUCACUGGAAAACAAGGUUUUUUAGGAAAACAUCAGUAUGCUUUCCCUACAUCUUUUUUUGAUUCCUGUAGAACUUUUUUGUUGAAGACCUCAUCAGUUAUGUAUAACAACAUUUUCCUCAAAGUUCAUUUAAAUUUGUAUUUGAAAAGUAGUAUUAAAACGAUGUAAACCAUUGUAUUGGUAUGAUUUAAUUUCAACUAGGUAACAAUGUACAAGUUGAUUAUUUCUCAUUUGUAACUACAAGUUGUUCAUAUCUCAUUUGUACACUGACAAUGCAAAGUUUCAGUCCGUUCAUCUUGCUGGUUUACCUCCUGCAAGCAUCAGUAAAAUGUCUGAAUGUGAAAGUUAAGUUUAAUGCAGCAUCCUUCCAAUUAAUAUAAAAUGUGUAUGAAUGUCUUCAUUGAACGCAAUCAGAAUGUCACAUAAUUCAUACAUGAGCCACAUUGAAAUAUUGUUUAGAAAAACAAGAAAUAAUAAAUUUGGAGGGCUUUGCUAGAAUAACAUGUUAAUUGUGAUAAAUUAACUGGUACUAGUAGGCAUUCCAAAAAAAUGCAUUAACAUUUUAGUCUUCAAUUUGCUUUAACUCAGGAGAGAUCGUUACUUAACAACAAUUGAAAACAUGGAUCUUGGCAGCUAGACACCCAAUGUAAUAUUCUGAUAAUUUGAAGCAUUAUAAUUUACUUUCAGUCAUUUUAUUUAGUCAUUUGGAAUAGUGAAAGUUGUGUAUAAGAUUUACUUUUUAAAAGACAUUUUGUGAUGUUUUGCUCUUGAGUUUCUAAGUAGCCUUUUGUAA